AUGAGGACGAAGAAGUCCAGUAAAAAGGGGAAGAAGAAGUCUGCAUCCGCCAAGGUAUGGAUGCCCGGCGUGCCCGGCGCCGAGCCUGACGAGGAGGGGCUGGACUACGACCCCACCGCCUACACCUGCCUGACCACGCUGAGCCUGGGCUGGCCCUGCCUCAGCUUCGACAUGCUUCCCGACGCGCUGGGCGACCAGCGCACCGCCUUCCCCCACACGCUGUCCUUUGUGGCGGGGUGGGUGGGGCGCCCGGCCGCCCGCCUGAACAGCCUGUCAGUGUGCUGCGUGACCAACCUCACCGCCCUGCGCCACGGCAAGGACCCGUUGGACGACUCCGACUCGGACAGCUCCAGCUCCGAGGACGAGGACGCCGACGGCCGCCCCGCCCCCGGCCCGGGGUCAUCCGCCUCCGCGCCCGUGCUGCACAUCCGGCGCGUGGCGCACGCCGGCGCGGUCAACCGCGUGCGCGCCAUGCCCCAGUCCCCCGCCCUGGUGGCGGCCUGGUCCGAGGCCGGGAGCGUGGGCGUGUGGGACCUGGGCGCGCCGCUGGAAGAGGCGCGCGCCGAGCCCUCGCCCGACGCGUCGCGGUCGGAGCGCCUGGCGCGGAUCGCGCCGCGCAGCCCCGCGCCGGCGGGGAAGUGGGCGGUGGGCGCGGCGUACCGAGGGCACCAGGGACCGGUGGAGGACCUGCAGUGGUCGCCCACUGAGGACACCGUGUUUGCCAGCGCGGGGGCGGACCAGACGCUGCGUAUCUGGGACACGCGGGAGAAGACGAAGCCGAUGCUGACGGUGGCGGCGCACGAGGCGGAGGUCAACGUCGCCGCGUGGAGUGCCAGCACGGCCUACAUGCUGGCCUCGGGCGGCGACGACGGCCUGCUGCGCGUCUGGGACCUGCGCGCCUUUGCCUCGGGGCAGUACGUCGCGUCCCUGAAGUACCACAGCGCGCCCAUCACAUCCCUGGAGUGGUCGCCGCACGAGUCCUCCAUGCUGCUCUCCACCGGCGAGGACGGCCAGACCGCGGUGUGGGAUCUGGCCCUGGAGCGGGACCCGGAGGAGGAGGCGGCGCUGGCACCGGAGACGAACGCCGCGGUGCCCGACGAGCUGCCACCGCAGCUGCUCUUCGUGCAUGCCGGGCAGCGAGACGUGAAGGAGGGGCACUGGCACGCCCAGAUCCCGGGCCUCAUGGUCACCACGGCCGCCGACGGCUUCAACCUGUUCAAGCCCGCCAAUGUGUGA